UGCCCCGGCGCGGGCGGGCUCUGACCCGGCGCCAUGUGGGGCGGGCGCUGCUCGCUGCUGCUGGCCGCGCUGGGCUGGCUGCUGCCGGCGGGAGCGGCGGGCAGCGGCGAAUACUGCCACGGCUGGCUGGACGGGCAGGGCGGCUGGCGGGACGGCUUCCAGUGCCCCGAGCGCUUCGACGGAGGCGACGCCACCAUCUGCUGCGGCAGCUGCGCGCUGCGCUACUGCUGCUCCAGCGCCGAGGCGCGCCUCGACCAGGGCGGCUGCGACAACGACCGGCGGCAGGGCGGCGGCGAGCAGGGCCGGCCCCGCGACGGGCCCGACGGGGCGGCAGUGCCCAUCUAUGUGCCGUUCCUCAUUGUCGGCUCCGUCUUCGUCGCCUUCAUCAUCCUGGGCUCGCUGGUGGCCGCCUGCUGCUGCCGCUGUCUGCGGCCCAAGCAGGAACCCCAGCAGAGCCACGCUCCCACCGGCUCCCGCCUGAUGGAGACCAUCCCCAUGAUUGCCAGCACAGGCACGUCACGCGGCUCCUCCUCGCGCCAGUCCAGCACUGCCGCCAGCUCCAGCUCCAGCGCCAAUUCGGGGGCCCGCGCCCCCCCGACCCGCUCGCAGACCAACUGCUGCCUGCCCGAGGGCACCAUGAACAAUGUCUACGUCAACAUGCCCACCAAUUUCUCGGUGCUCAACUGCCAGCAGGCCACCCAAAUCGUGCCACACCAAGGCCAGUUCCUGCACCCACCUUACGUGGGCUACGCUGUCCCGCAUGACGCGGUGCCGCUCGCCCCUGUGCCCCAGUUCCUGGAUGGGCUGCAGGGCGGCUACCGACAGAUCCAGUCUCCGUACCCACAUGCUGGCGCAGAGCAGAAGAUGUACCCGGCGGUCACUGUGUAGCUGCCUGCCACACUGCGUUUUUAAUUUCCAAACUGAGCAGAGGAGAAAUACUUCCUUGGAACGCGGCUCCCUGAACAGCGCUUGUAAAUAAUUUGGGAAGGCUCAUGCAUGUCAGACAGUGUUUAUAAACCAUUUAUUCUCGUCGAGGUCCGUUGCCAGAACUGUAGGAUGAUACCGCUGAAUUAACGUUUCCAGAUACGCUUUCAUUCCUGUGCAUGAUUUACAGUGGCAAAGGAUUACACUGGAAAUGCAUAUGCAUUUCAGAUCACUGUGCUUGUGAGAUAAUGCCGCAGCCAUUAAGUGCCCUUCAGGUGUGACAUGGUCAGAAGUAUUUGCCUAAUUAGUUCGCAGAAGAGCUUUGUUACACAGAACAGAGCGCAACGCUCACAAAGCCUUUCUCCUCUCCUCGUCCUGUCUCCUAGUGACAUUUCCCACUGUUUCACAGACAGUGACAGAGCCGGGCAGAGCAGCCAUCGUGUGCUUGGUUCCUGGUUCCAGCUGCUGUGGCCUUGUGGGGUGCGCUGCCAUGCGGUGCUUGGUCCUGCGAGAGCAGCUUCCCCGGUAUUUAUGUAGGAAUUACUUUAUGUAGGAGCUCACCAAUUGCCCAGCUCCUACUUGCAGUGCACUUGAAACCCUUCUUGGUUUGAUGUUGCCUCCAAGCUGAGAACGAGUAGUGGUUGGCACAAGCUUGCUUUCUCUCCAUGAACUUCUACUACGAGCAGGGUGUGAGGUGCCUGCUCCUCCUGCCACCAGCACUGCUUUCAGGACAGCGGCCGCCCUCAGAGCUGACCUCGUGCCGCCCUCAGAGCUUCCACGCGCCUCUGUCAGCCUCACCCCCCAAACACCGACCCAUCAGGUUGGUGACAGAACCCCCCUGUGGCUACAGGCCCUCCCAGCAGCUGCCAGUUCAGCAUCCCCAGCAGCGGCACCGAGUGCUGCAACUGUGUGGAAGGGCAAAACCUGAAGCGAGCAGUCAUGACGAGCAGAGCAGAGCCAGCAGAGGGUUCCUUGGCUGAUAUCGCAUCAGUACCUAGCAAUAACUGGACACUGCUAUUCUUGUGUGUCUCUCUUCAAACCACAUGGAUGCGUGGAAGUGUCGCCAAAUGUGACAGCUUGCCUGUAAACAUACUGCAUACACACACAGUUGUCUGCAGAAGGGAGAAACGUUUGUGACCACGGAGGACAAAGGUGAAUGGGUGACUUGUAGCAGCUCUGCAGGCCCUGGCUGUGCUCUCCCCAGGCUGUGAGCUCCCAGAAGCACGGCACUGACCUGCACUGUGCUGAGACUGGUGGCCUCGUGGGGUGGUUGGCAUCCCCUGCCAGGGCGCCUGCUGCAACCCGUGGCAUUCAGGUGACUCUUUGUAUAUUGUUUACUUGUUUAAAAAAGAAAAGAAUAAGUUAAAUUUAAAUCUGUAGAAAAUAAUUUACAGCGGAAGGAAAAGUGACCUGAGUUGUAAUAAGAGGAAGUUUGUGAGAUGUGCUGUUUUUUUUUUAAUGUCAUGUAUAAUAAUGUAAAACCAAUGUUAACGUUUGAUAUAGCUUUUAAAUUUCUGAAAGGGCACUUGAUUUAAAGUGUUUCUUACAAAUGAAGAAAAAAGCCCCCUUUGUUUCUUAAUAAAUACUUUAUGGUGUGACUUUUC